AUGGGGCUGAAGACAUCUAUGAUACUGGGUCUUUGUACUCUACUGAGUUUUGCUGCUGUGGGCCAGACUGGACGCUUCACUCUGGAGAUAUUGGAAGGUCCAGAGACUCAAGUGGUGUCCAGUGAUGAAAGCAGUGUGACGUUCAACUGUAGAAUCAGAGGAGAAGAUGUAGAAUGGACAAUCAAUGGAAGAUUAAGUGAUCAAGCAGAGAACAUGAGACUAAUAGUCAACUAUGGUGUGGAGUUCAAUACGAGUCCCAGACUCAAUGGACAAAUAAAUGCGUCAAUAACAUUCCCAAACAUUCCAUAUUUCAACUCCACUCGAGUGAUAUGUGUGUCACUAAAUGCAACAGGUACUUCACAGAGUUCAGAAGCAGUUAUGAUCACUGCAGGUCCUCCACUUCCUCCUGUCCCUCGACUGGAGGUGUUCAAUGCCACGUCAGUGAGAGUGUCAUGGGAGGAGCCAUUCACAUGGGAGCUCUUCCCAGUCCUCAGCUAUCAGGUCUCAGUCUACAAUGUCUCCAGUGGAACAUACACCGAUAAUUUCACUCUGAGUGGCAAUGAGACUUCUCAAGUCAUAACCAGACAAACAGAGACUACUGUUUGCUCAGAGCUGUGGCUUGGGGUGACUGCUAAGAAUGGGGAAGGAGAAAGUGCUGCAGGAACUACCUCAGGAGGAUUUCCAGUUGUUCCGAGUGACUUUCCCUAUAAACCAACACCUGAUGUAAAGUUUGAAGCGGACGGAACUCCCACAGUGAAAGUCAUCUUCAAUGGGAUUCAGGAGAUUCCUGAACAGAGAGGCUUUAGGAUGUGUGCCUCCCUGGGUAUCCCUUCCCCUGUCUUCCUUGCCACUUCAACCACAUCCUCAGCUCACGUCAUGUCUUGCAUGAACAUAGCUGUACUGGGAUCAUCUCCAGCCGCCAACAAUAUGCAGUUUCCAGGAGGCUUCUACCAGCUAAAGGUGUUCAGAGAUGGCUCAAAUGAACAAGUCAUUGAAACAGAACGUCAGAGGAUUGACAAUUCUCAGAGUGUGGUUGAAGCUGAAAUUACUUCGAUGAUACUACAGGCAAACAAGGACUAUCAGGCAACCCUGCUCUAUGAGACCAACUUCUCCACACUGGAGGCUGAAAUGCAAUUUAGCACUGCCUUCCACCCCACUGCCCCAGGUGUCACUGAUGAUGGUAAAGGAACUACCACUACAGAUGGGCCAGCACCAAGUCGACCAACCACUCCAGAUACUGGAAAGAGCAUUACGUCUGGCUUGAAAGAUGGCGAAGAUAGGCCAGGGAAUCUGGUGGCUAUCGUUAGUUCAACAACUGGAGGGGUUCUGGUGCUGGGUACUCUUGUCCUAAUCAUCAUUAUCGUCAUUAUCAUCAUCCUAAGGAGACAGCAGAGAGGGAAUGAAGUUCAGAAGAGGAAUUCAAUGGUAGACAACCCUCUGUAUGAAGGACCAAUCUACGAGGUCAUCUCUGAGAACAAGAGACGCAAACAGCUCUGCCCAAAGGCCAAAGUCCAUGCUGAAGAAUCGGUGUACCUGGACAGUCCGACUCAGUCAAUGCCGCGAGACUGCACCCCUUCAUACUCCAACAGUGCCAUGGUGAUAGCCAAUAGCAUGGCAAAUGGGAAGGCAAGUGAUCGAACUGUCAUCAAACUAGACCUUGUGGAGAGCAGCCUCGAUCACCACCCACUCCAGACAAAUCCCUACACCAACAGCUCCAUGGAACCUGUCACUGAAGAUGCAUACACAUUGAUGCGUCCGGCACCUCCAGCUACAAGCCUCAAUGACCAUACGAACUACCUGGUGGCUCACAGCAACGAGGAGAGACAAUUUGUUUUGGACGCUAGCUCUCCUCGCUCCAGUGGAACCAGUCAGAAACAAGUGACUCUUGUCUAAGAGACUGUGUAGGGGGAAAUCCCUGCCUUAUCAGUAAUGAUCAUUCUUCCUCCACCAAUCAAUAAUGUAGUGUAUUUCCCUUUCUGCAUGUUUGGCAUUUGUGUUCAUUUUCAGUGUAUUCUGUGGUAUACCUCAGUCUCUAGCUGCCUAGCCUCACUCCCUUACUGCACUUGGUCUGUAGCUACUCCAACUCUACCCUUUCUUCUGACUAACAGUUUUUCCUGAAUGAUAUACUAUGUGAGCACACAUUAUGCACAUUGUUGUGCAAACAUGGACACGUGGCUCGUGCAGUUUAUUGUUAUCUCACACAGUGUCCGCAGGUGUUCGCCUGUUAGUUACUACUACUCAAGUCGUUGUGUAUAAUUAUGCAGGUGUUGUUCACUUAGACCAUCAUCGUACCACGUUCAUUGUGUCCCACAUCUGUAACUCGUGUAUAUUUCGUGUACUGUACAGGAUUUUUAUGAAAAGAAGUAGUGUUUACCAACACA